CUCUCUCUUUAAACACACACAGCUAUGCAAAUUUGCAAAAGCUAGGGAUAUAAACUGAAGCAAAACCAUUGAAGAAGUCUGUGCACAAUACAAUUACAACUUCCAAGGCAGCCAACGCUUUUCCACAAACGACAGUUCAGUAAAUUGUGAUGAAGAAAAUGGGGAGAGGGAAGAUCGAGAUAAAGAGGAUAGAGAACAACACGAAUAGGCAGGUGACAUUCUGCAAGAGGAGAAAUGGUCUGCUGAAGAAAGCCUAUGAACUGUCUGUGCUGUGUGAUGCUGAGGUUGCCCUAAUUUGCUUCUCUACUCGUGGCCGAGUCUACGAGUAUGCCAACACCAACAUCAGGUCUACUAUAGAGAGGUACAAAAGGGCAACCUCUAGCUCAAGUUCGUACACUACUCAAGAGAUCAAUACUCAGUUUUACCAGCAAGAAUCCAAGAAACUGCGCCAGCAAAUCCAGAUGAUGCAGAACUUCAACAGCCAUCUUACUGGUGAUGGCUUAGCUUCUUUAAGUGUGAAGGAGAUGAAGCAGCUCGAGAGUAGGCUCGAGCGAGGCAUUGCUAGGAUAAGGGCGAAAAAGCAUGAGCUCAUACUUAAUGAAACUGAGAACUUGCAGAAAAGAGAAAUUCAGCUGGAGCAGGAAAAUGCCUGCCUCAGAGCAAAGAUAGCAGAAAAUGAGAAGCUGCAGCAACUGAGCAUGAUGCCUGGUGGUCAAGACUACGCGAUGCAGGCGUACCUUUCUGGAAAUGUGCUCCAGCUGAAUAUGAUGCAGGCAGCGGUGUAUCCCAUCAUGGAUAGGAAGGUUCUUCCUCUCGGGCAAUAAACCUGCCGAGGAGAUGUUUGUGUGUUUGAUAAUAGCGUGAACCGUGUUGCAGCACUAUUGCUGUGUAGUGUGUGCAGAGACAUGAACUCAUUGCAUUAUAGUGUGUGUUCUGUUCUGUGUUUUAUUUCCUGUCCUUCUGUUACUCAAACUUCUGAUAUUUGAAUCUUGCUGAAUUCACUACUUAUUAAUAAGGGUUUCGAGCUUCUAGUUAUGUGUAUGUAUGAACAUAAAAGUACCGAAUAGAUAUUGAAUUCAAGAAAA